GCUGGGGGGCACCGUUCCCCCGCCUCCCUCAGUACCCUGCGCCCCACAGCCUAGCCGGGUUCCCCUCCCGUGCUGAUCUGGGUUCCCUCCUCGCCCCCCAGCAGACCCUCUUGUGGUGCCAGCGGUGGGAAUCGGACACCAGCGACACCCCACAGACCGAGUGCCCAGCGCGGACACAGUAUCUGGGGACGUGGCCAAGGCGCCUGGUCUCUGGCCUCGCACUGCUCCAGACAUGGCUGAAGGGGGCGCCGGGGGGAAUCAGCCGCCGCGCGAGCAUCCGCAGAACCUGCAGGGGCUGCUGCAGAUGGCCAUCACCGCUGGCAAUGCCGAGCCCAGCCACCUGGAGCCCAUGUCUGAUGAGCGGCGGCAGUGGUUGCAGGAGGCCAUGGCCCAGGCAUUCAGGGGGCAGCUGGAGGAGGUGGAGCAGAUGAAGGAGUGUCUGCGGGUGCUGGAGGCCGUGUCCCCUGGGGGGGAAGGCAGGGAGACCUCGGAGCCGGCCGAGGGGGACCCCUCCCGCCAGGCCAGCGCGCUGGAGCUGCUGGCUGAGCUGUGCGAGAACCUGGACAAUGCCGCAGAUUUCUGCAAGCUGGACGGGAUGCGGCUGCUGGCUCAUCGCUACCUGGAGCACCCCGUCCCAGAGCUGCGCUGGCGCGCCGCCCACCUCGUGGGCACCUGUGCCCAGAAUGUGCCCAAGGUGCAGGAGCAGGCCCUGGCGCUGGGCUGCAUGCGCAAGCUGCUGCGCCUGCUGGACCAUGAUGGGGCCGACGUGGUGCGUGUCAAGGCGCUCUUCGCCAUCUCCUGCCUGGUGCGCGCCCAGGAGGGCGGCCUGCAGCAGUUCCUGCGGCUGGACGGUUUCUCAGUGCUGAUGCGUGCCAUGCAGAGCCCUGUGGAGAAGCUCAAGGUCAAAUCUGCCUUCCUGCUGCAGAACCUGCUGCUGGACCACCCGGAGCACAAAGAGACCCUGUGCUCCAUGGGGAUGGUGCAGCAGCUGGUGGCUCUGAUCCGUUCUGAGCACAGCCCCUUCCACGAACACGUCCUGGGGGCCCUCUGCAGCCUGGUGACGGAUUUUCCCCAGGGGGUGCGGGAGUGCCGGGAGCCGCAGCUGGCGCUGGAGGAGCUGCUGAGGGAGCGCUGCCAGCUGCUGCAGCAGCAGGAGGAGUUCCAGGAGGAGCUGGAGUUCUGCGAGCAGCUCCAGCGUGUCUGCUUUCAGACACCCCCUGAGGAGAGCAGCAUGGAUCGGUGA